UCGUGACAGGUUGUCCAGCUUCUUACAGCCAUCUUCCCUAAAAACCUAAGGUUAACUUUUUUUUUUUUUUUUUGCCUGAUGGACUCCAAGUUAUUUCAGUUCCAAAGAACCUGAAGGAGCACCAUCACUUUGGUCACUCUAAUCUCUUACUUAGGAAUCAUUGUCACUCUGCCAGAGUGCCAGAGUUGGAUUUCAACAUCUGGAGGAAUUAGAAAAGCAUGCAAGACAAUACUUCUGAAACCUCAACUUCAAUAACUCAACUUCUGAGAGAGAGCUAUUUAGCUGAAAACAACCAUCAAGGUAAUAGUGAAAGAAGUAGAUCAGACUCUUCUCUGCAUUCUUUCCAUUCUGGAUGUACUUCCAGGGCUUCAGAUGAGGUAACUGGCCAAGAUGAACUUCCAGACCUUUCUGCCUUUUUGAGUCAAGAAGAGCUAGAUGAAAGUGUGAACUUGGCCAGACAAGCUAUCAAUCAAGAGCCACUUGAGAACAAGCAAGAAGAACAAAUCCAUGUGUUUUUACCCUCUCAGUUGAAAAACUCUGAAAAUACAGUUGCAAAGAGACAGCACUGUCAGUCUACAGCGUCACCGACUUCAGGCAACAGUCCAAAGAAGCAGCCAUUUGGGUCAGAGGCAGAAUCAAAGAAGGAGUUGCGCAACAAGGCUGCCGAUUUCAUUGAAGAGCUUUCCUCUCUUUUCAAAGCACACAAUUCAAAAAGAAUCAGGCCCAGGACAUGCAAAAACUACAAGAGCAAACUUGAAUCUAAACAUAAGGCCAACCAAGACUUCAGUUCUGAUUUCGCCAAUUUAUCUGAAAACAGGGAAAGGCCUUGUGUUCCAAUAUCUCAAGAGUUAGAUAAUACACAGCCUUCACUGGAAAACCCAGAUUAUCCUCAACAGGCAGAUGUGGAAGCUGUCCAUAAAUUAGAAAAUCCAGAAUUAACCACAGAGUCAUCAGCUGCACCUUUUUAUUCUGAGGAGCCUAUAGGUCAACCACCACAUUUUACUCAAAAACUGAAAAGCAGGGAGGUCUCUGAAGGAACCAAAGUGCAGUUGGUCUGCAUUGUAGUAGGAAUACCAACACCUGAAAUCAGGUGGUAUUGUGAAGGGAAAGAACUUGAAAAUUCACCAUAUAUUCACAUCAUCCAGUCAGGACAGCUGCAUUCACUAAUUAUUGUUGAAGCUUUUGAAGAAGACACUGGACGUUACUCGUGCUUUGCGUCUAACAUCUAUGGGACAGACUCAACUUCUGCAGAGAUUUAUGUAGAAGGAGCCUCGUCUUCGGAAUCUGAAAGUGACAACAGCAAAGAAGAAAUGGAUCAGUACCAAAACCAGAUUAAGACCUCAUCAAAUGCACCUCCUCCUGCUCCUGCUCCUGCUCCUGCUCCUGCUCCUGCUCUUGCUAAUUCUUCAACAGCCCGUCAAGAAACCAUUAAACCACAACCUGUGAUGAAACAUCCUGUCUCAGUUCCUGUGUAUCAUAAUCAGAGCCCCACUAAUUAUUUGCAAGGACUGGAUGGAAGACCCCUAAUAGCUGCUCCUGUGUUCACCAAGAUGCUACAGAACAUAUCCGCCUCUGAGGGUCAGCUGGUAGUGUUUGAAUGUCGAGUGAAAGGAGCUCCUUCUCCAAAAGUGGAAUGGUACAGAGAAGGGACAUUGAUAGAAGACUCCCCAGACUUCAGAAUAUUACAGAAAAAACCUCGCUCCAUGGCUGAGCCUGAGGAGAUCUGCACUUUGGUCAUCGCUGAAGUAUUUUCAGAAGAUUCUGGAAGUUUUACAUGCACGGCAAGCAAUAAAUAUGGGACAGUCUCCAGUGCAGCUCAUCUAAUUGUAAAGGGACCUGCGGACCAGACAAGUAAUGCUGCUCUUCAUACCAUAAGUUCUAUCAGUUUAGUGGCUUCUGAACCUUCAGUAUCUGCCCCUUCACUUUCAUUGAUAGAUAACCCUCCAAAACCUAAAUUGGAAGGCGUCCUGGUAAACCACAAUGAGCCCCGAUCAAGUUCCAAGAUAGGCCUUCGUGUGCACUUUAAGCUACCUGAAGAUGAUAAGGGAAGUGAAACGUCAUCAGAAGAUGGAAGCAGACUUAAAAAUCAAGCCAGACCAAACAGUUUUCCAAAUAAAAUCAAUGGACAGGCUUUUAAACUUCAGGAGCCCACUUCACCAUCCAAAGAGCCACCACCUGUACUGGCUAAACCUAAAUUGGAUCCCACCCAGUUAAAACAACUACACAACCAGGUCUUGUUUGAGCAGCAGCAAAUCCAGCAACCUUCUCCCUCAGCUCCACCAGAGUCAUUAUUCAAUAUUAGCCCAGGAAAAUCUACUGCUUUGCCCAUUCAGCAGCAGCACCAGAAGCAACCUUCAUCAGCGACAUACAAGCAGAACAAGGUUCCUUCUACACAGACAUUCACAUACACCCGACCUAAACAGUUCCUGGCAUCUCAAAACACCUCAGCGGCCAGUAGCCUUUCUAGCUCCCCUAUGUCUUCAUUCAGCAACGUACCUCAAGGAACCCAGAAAACAAUUAAGAAGGAAAAACUCUUAGUAUCUCCUCCACCAACCCAGUCCAAAUCUCCAGGAGGGUUGACAAACCAAACGGAGCAGCCUCUUCCAAGUCCCAGAGAACAUGUGUUGCCACCACUUCUGCUCUCUGUGUCUAGCAUGAGCCAGUUCCAGCCCCAAAAUGUGCUUCCUACACCUCUCUCUCCUACUGGGCGGAUUCAGAACCCGGUAGCUUUCCUGAGUGCUGUUCUACCUGCCCUUCCUUCUACACCCCCAACAAAUGCCAUGGGCCUACCUAAAUGUGCACCUGCUAUGGGAAGCCAUGGAACGUUGAAGAAAAAUCUCAACCCUUUGCAGUCAUCAACAGAGAAUGUGGUGAAAGAUCACAAAGCAGCGGUUGGGAAAGAUCUAGAGAAACGGCUGCAUUUAUGGGAUGAUGAAUCUUCACACAGCCAACAGAAAACAGCCUAUGAUGAAAAUCUGGCUUGCAGGCUUCAGGGACCAAGCCCUCAUUCCCCAGCCUUCAUCCUUUCAGCUCAGGAAGUAUUCCAGGAAUAUAAAAUUUCCAACUUUGAGCAGAGAUUGAUGAAUGAAAUAGAGUUUCGGCUUGAACGUACCCCAGUGGAUGAAUCAGAUGAUGAAAUCCAACAUGAUGAGAUCCCUAUGGGGAAGUGCAUUGCUCCAAUUUUUGACAGGAGACUCAAGCAUUUCCGUGUCCUGGAAGGAUAUCCAGCUACUUUCACUUGCAAAAUUGUUGGAAUCCCCGUACCCAAGGUAUACUGGUUUAAGGAUGGCAAACAGAUUUCAAAGAAGAAUGAGCAUUUCAAGAUGAUUCGAGAGGCUGAUGGAACAUGUUCUUUACAUAUUGAGACUACUACAAAUGAUGAUGAUGGAAACUAUACGUUCAUGGCUGCAAAUCCACAGGGGAGAAUCAGCUGCUCUGGUCGUUUGAUGGUUCAGACUCCUCCACUGCGUGGUAGAUUAUCAACAACUAUUCAGUCUCACAGGGGAAGGUCCCGUAUACCAGAAAGAGAUCGGGAACCUGUACAGGAACGUUUUUUCCGGCCAUAUUUCCUGCAGGCACCUGGGGACAUGGUAGCCCAUGAAGAGCGGCUUUGUAGACUGGAUUGCAAGGUGAGUGGAUUACCACCACCAGAUCUGAUGUGGCUUCUGAAUGGCAAGCCUGUGUUGCCAGAUGCCACUCACAAAAUGCUGGUCAGAGAAAACGGAGUACACUCUUUACUUAUUGAUCCUCUCAGACAAAGCGAUGCAGGAAUCUACACCUGCAUAGCCUCCAACAAAACAGGACAAAAUUCAUUCAGUUUGGAACUGAGUGUUGUAGAGAAGGAAGUUAAAAAAGCCCCAGUGAUCCUAGAGAGAUUACAAAACUGUGGGGUGCCAGAAGGACAUCCUGUCCGAUUAGAAUGUCGAGUAAUUGGAAUGCCACCCCCAGUAUUUUAUUGGAAGAAGGACAAUGAAACCAUCCCCCCACACAGGGAAAGGAUGAGUAUGCACCAAGAUGCUACAGGAUAUGUUUGCCUUUUGAUUCAGCCUGCCAAAAAAGUAGAUGCUGGCUGGUACACGUUGUCUGCGAAAAAUGAAGCUGGUAUUGUCUCUUGCACUGCUAGACUUGACAUAUAUGCCCAGUGGCAUCGACAGAUCCCUCAGCCAAUCAAGUUUCGCUCGAGUGGCACCCGAUAUGCAAAUCUGACAGGACAAGGACUCGACAUUUUCUCUGCUUUCUCAGCUCUUGAGAAUCCAGCACGCUUUUCAUCUCCAUCCCAGCCUGUGGUAGAAAGUGAAGAACUUUAAAAAAAAAAAAAAAAGAUUCCAAUCCUCCCUGAAAAUAAAGAAAUACUAGAACUGUGAAAAGGAAUGGAAGGUACAUGCUGAGACAUUUAAGGUUUACAAGUAAUAUAACUGACUACCCGCAAAGAUGUUGAGAUACAAGAUUUUAGUACAGCAUCGUACUCUGGAGUCAUUGUGGUAUAGAAUAUACUGGAACAAAUUCUGUGCUGUGUUAUUUUUGUUCCAUGGGUUAUGAAGAAAAGUGACCUAGUUUUCAGCUGUUAAGAAAAGAAAGCUGUGGCCAUUUUUCCUGCUUGGAUUUCAAGGCAGUAAACAGGCACUUGGUCAAGAUUUGGAUAGCUGUCUGAAAGGAACCAAGAAAGACAUUGACAUUGAUGGUAAUCAUUCUGAAGAAGGAUAAACCAGGGGCAUCUGGAAGGAGAAAGGGGGUCAAAAAAGUCAAGAUGGUGGUUUCCACCACCCCGCCAGGACACCACCUUACUUUCUGGAUCCCCUGCAUAACCCCUGACCCCCUGAUUUUGAAUACAGUGUUUUAAGGGUGGCUGGUGGUCACAACACAGAGAUCAAAUGCCAGACAAUGAAACCGUGACUUAUCAGUUUACUAAGGGUUCGUACAAAUGAAACAGCUAGCAAACCCAAAACUAGAUAUGCAUAGCAUUUCAGAUAGAAACUGCUUCUAAACAGUAGAAUUUUUUUAAAAGUGUGACUCUAUACUCAUGAAUCUUGCACUCAAGGAGGGUUCUUAAUAAUAGUGUUGACGCCUUGGUCGUUAGGGCUGCAGGCAUACGCUUACCUUAAAGUAAGCCCACUCAACUAUAUGAGACUUACUUCUGAGGGAUAUGUAUAGGAUCAUACUGCAACUAGUUAUAAACAGCUUAUGUACCACAAAGCCCAUAUUAUAAAGUCACCCCACAGCUCCCAAUGGCAUAUACAUCUUGAAGCAUGCUUAUUUUUUCUUUUUCCAUAUUUAGAAUUCAAUAUAUGAACAAAAACAAAAAUAACUUCCAUGUUGUUU